AUGGCAGCCGCUGAAGAAAUCAGAAUCAAGGAGCUUGACAAGCGGGCUUCUGGCCAGGCCUUUGAGGUCAUCCUGGCAGAUGCUGUCCCCGAUGCCAAAUGUGAAUUCCCCCUGCCUCCUCCCAAGAAGAAGGAUCUCUCACUGGAGGAGAUUCAGAGGAAGCUGGAUGCUGCGGAGGAGAGACGCAAGAACCAUGAGGCAGAGGUUCUGAAGCAAUUGGCUGAGAAGCGUGAGCAUGAAAAGGAAGUGCUACAGAAAGCUCAGGAGGAGAACAACAACUUCAGCAAGAUGGCAGAGGAGAAGCUUAAUCAGAAAAUGGAGGCCAACAAGGAGAACCGCACAGCAAUUAUGGCAGCAAUGAAUGAGAAAUUCAAGGAGAAGGACAAGAAGUUGGAGGAGGUGCGGAAGAACAAAGAAACCAAAGAUCCCUCUGAAGAAGGCACUUCGGAAAACUGA